AAGAAGAAAAACAAAACAAACCCAAGAGAGAGCUGUAUAACAGCGUGUGGACUCCAUUGAAAAGAGGGCCUUAUUAUCUCCAACAGGGGAACAUACACGAGGUCCUACACGAAGCGAGACGUGUGCGUGGGCGUCCUAAAAACCUGAAGCAAACAGAGAACCACACCAGACCACAACAGACCAGACCAGGUUGAGCCCAAAUACUGACACCCCCCUUCUCCCCUCCCCCCCCUCAGCCUUGAAGGCUGCAUCCACCAGAUUGUUUCAUUUAGCAAUAAUUUCUUGUGCUGAUCGGACAACCUCAGGCCACUGGGACUGGACAGGAGGCCCAGAGGUUUCCCCCGCUGGAGCUCUAAGCUGUGCCUGGCAAUGCCUCAGCCCAGCGUCAGUGGGAUGGAGCCUCCCUUUGGGGACGCCUUUCAGAACUACUCGUUUGCUGACCAGGCCCUGACCAGCACUGAGCUGCUCGCCACCAGCUCUGACCCAGAUUUCAUGUACGAACUGGACAGAGACAUAACCCACCGGCAGAGCCCCUGUGGGGACAGCGUGGUGGGUGCUGGGGAUGGAGGCAAGGAGGUGGAGGGUGGUGUGGAUCAGUUCAUGGGUCUUGGCGAGUGUGAGACAGUCUACAGCAGCUCAGCGUUUGAACAGUGGGACUCCUACUGGGAAGACCUCACCAGAUACACACGGCUGGCCAGCUGUGACAUCUGGGGCACCAAAGAGGUGGAUUUCCUUGGAUUAGAUGACUUCUCUAGUCCCUACCAGGAUGAGGAAGUGAUUGGUCGAACCCCAACGCUGGCUCAGCUCAAUAGCGAGGAUUCGCAGCCUGUGUGUGAGGCCCUCUACCCCCCUACUGACCUGACCCUGCCUGCCCCUCAGCCUCAGCCGUCCCAGCUUCCCAGUCACAGUAAGAGACCUCUGGUCCCUGGCCAAGGAUUUGGCCCCGGCUCUGCACGUCCCCCCCCAAGCUCCACAUCCUCUUCCCGUCCUUCCCGCAGCCUUCUCCCAGACUUUCCUGAAAGCUCCCAAAAAGCCACCAGACCUGUCCCCUCCAGCACUGAGACUAUGGCCAAGACCCAGAACCUCAUCAGUCUCACCCAGGACCACGGCCAAGCUCACACCAAGCACCAGGGGCGCGGAACCAAGAUGGCAGCCCCAACUUCUCACGGCAUUGACUUUGUGCAGAAGGCUAAAGUCCGUGUGAGUGCUGUGCCUAAAGCUCAGACCGACAUGCCCUCCCAGACGGAUUUCGAGAGGUCAGAUGCACCUCUACCUCUUUCCCAGCCCCAAGACGAGAAGGCCUGCACCUCAGCGAGCGCCACCUUGGUGGGAAUUCCAGUUGCUGCAGCCAGUGGCUCUGCCAGUCUGACGAGCUAUGAGAAGAAGGCAGAGGGGGCAGGUAGGAGGGAGAUACCUGUAGGCUGGUCCGCCACCAUGCCUCAACUGGUUGAGGCGAGCCAGGCCCUGGAGAGUAGUACCUCUGGGCUGGUCAGCAGCGGCGAUAGUGUGGCGGGAGCUAGCGGCGGUGGCGGCGUUCUGGUUGUCGAGGGGACAGAGAAGAGCAAGGAGGAGGAGCACAACUACUCUCUGUUCCUGACCCGCAGGCUGGCGGGCAGAGCCCACUCCCAGCUGGAAGAGGACGAGGAGGAGGAGGACGAGGAAGAGGCGGAGGAGGAGGAAGGCGAUGGGCUCGAGCUGGAUGACGAAGACCACGAUGAGGGUUUUGGCAGCGAGCAUGAACUGUCUGAAAAUGAGGAGGAGGAGGAUGAGGAGGAGGACGAAGACUACGAAGCUGACAAGGAUGACGACAUGAGUGAUGCCUUCUCCGAGCCAGGCUGUGACAUGGAGCUGAUGGAGGACAUUAAAGGCCUGACAGCAGGAGUCUCCAGCCGGAAGAGAAGCAGGCGUCGCUACUUCUGGGAGUACAGCGAGCAGCUCACCCCCUCCAAACAGGAGCGUAUGCUGAAGCCGUCUGAGUGGGACAGACACACGCUGCCUAGCAACCUCUACCAGAAGAACGGGCCUCUCCAUGGAAAGUAUAUGCUGAAGAAGUCUCGGCGCACAGACGUGGAGGACCUGACACCCAACCCACGCAAGCUGCUGCAGAUCGGCACAGAGCUACGCAAACUGAACAAGGUGAUCAGUGACUUGACCCCCGUCAGUGAGCUGCCGCUGACUGCACGACCGCGGUCACGCAAGGAGAAGAAUAAGCUGGCAUCCAGAGCUUGUCGUUUAAAAAAGAAGGCCCAGUAUGAAGCAAACAAGGUGAAGCUCUGGGGACUCAGCACAGAAUACGAUCGGCUGCUGUUUGUUAUCAAUGCCAUCAAGGAGGAGAUAGUGGCCCGAGUGGAGGACUCCUCUCCGCGUCCGACCAACAUGGCCGACACUCUGGAGCAUCUCAUCAAAGAGACACUCGUGGCAUCACCUGUUGCUGGGCAGACUUCAGACUUCGUCAACAAGAUCUUGGAGAACACAGGACGCGGCGAUCCCACUGGCGGACUGGUCGGCCUGCGUGUCCCCACCUCCAAAAUCUAGACAAACCGCGGUCCACUGAGAGAAGUGGACUAGAUAUUACCACCGUGCUGUCCCAUUGUAACUAUGCUCCCCUCUGCAUGCCCCUCCAACCCAGAGUACAUACACAUUGUUAGUCACACAAACACACAUACCACUCCCUGUGUGUAUGUAUGUGUGCUUGUUUUAGCCAUGCACCUGUAUGGCGUACACCCUAGCUUACUGUCUCUGCACGCUGUGCGCAGAGUCAGUGCGUCACUGUCUCCCAACCCAUUGUGAGCGUCUGUUGGGAAAAGCGCCUCUUAAAGCAAGGGAUGGUUAGGUGUAUAGCUAAUAGCACGUCCUAAAUCCACUGGUGAUUAUUAGAUGUGUUUAACAUAGUGUUGUGUAGGGUCGGUUCAGACAGAGGUCUGCUUCCAGGGCUGACAUGGAGACAGUCACACGAGUGUAACCACUGGAAAACUUUCACAUAAUUUGCUGAGGUUGUAAUGACAGAGGAAGAAUUGUUACACAUCAGACACCAUCAAAGGUUGGAAAAGGUUCCAGUUAUCAUUUCCUAUAGGAGGCUUGCCUCACAUGGCAACAAACUAAACUCCAAGCUCUUACAAUUGACCCACUCAGUAAAGUACUAUAAUAGCUUUGGUUGCCAAGACAGCUGCAGAGAAAAAAAAAAGCAGCGUUCUCUGAGGCGUUAUGGGGUGGCAGGAAAUAUUUUGUAUUGAAGGCCUAAAUAUGUUCAUGCCAUCCCCUGUUUGCCAAUCAGGUCUGCUGUUGUUAAAAUGUAGGAGUUAGCAAAAAAAAGCUCAAAAGAAAAAAGCAGAUAAAGUUAAAAUUACACUUAAAUGAUUAAGCGUCAGACAUCCUGCUGGGUGGAGGUUUGCGGCAGGCAGGAGGAAGCUUAUCGGCUAAUUUUGACGAUGUUAACUUAAACAACAUGAGGUAGCUGACCAUGUGGAGAGGAAGUGCAUGUCGUUUGGUGCUUUUCAGCCUUGUGCUGGUUAUAACUGGACUGGGUGAAACAGGCUUUUUGCCAGAACGGGAGCAGACUGUGAGGACAAUGAUGAUGGUGGUGAUGAAGAAGAAGACAUAGACAGUGAUCCAUCUCCUCUAGGAAACUGUACAUAGAAGUGUCUCCCAGUGAAAAACGGCACCGGCUCCCCUUUUUGUACAGUAGAGAAGACCAGGCUAACAGUUUGGUGUGUUCAUACUAGUGUUUGAUCAGAGUUCUAUUCAUUGUGCCUUGUGUAUGUAUGUGUGUGUUUCUGUAAGUCUGAGUGAGUGUGUGAGAGGGACUGAACGAGAGAAGGUGAUUGGUCAGAGCUCCCUGAGGUCCAGCCAAGGAGAGGACUACUUUACACUGAGGGAGUUUGUUAGUGCGAGGAUGGAGACAUUUGUGGGGUUCGCUGUGUAUUUCAGUUGUCUAAAGAUAUUCUGAAUGUACAUAAAACAAGUGGAAGCUCUCGUUGCGUGAUGCCACAGAGUCUGUGUAUAUAGGAGGGCUCUGCAAUAGAUUACUUUUGGUUUUUGGUACUCUUGUCUUUAGGGAUCGGGGGAGGGUUAAGAGAUAUUUUCGUUUAGAGUUACAAAAAAAUAUUUGCACACUAUAUUUUGAUUGUUUUUUGUACCAAAGACACAUGCAACGAAAUGGCGACCAGCCAGUUAAAGUAAGGUUUUGCACAGCUUACCUGACGCCGUAUUGAAUGUAAGAAAUGUGGGAGGGUCAGGGAACUUCAUAGAACUGUGAAAUUAGCUUGGGUCCAAUUCUGUACAGAAAAGGAACAUUCAUGAAUUUUUUUAAAAUCUGAAAAUCAACCCCGUCUGUGGGCUUCUCCAGUAGAUGUGUUGCUUAGCAAGCACUUCAUUCCUGAACUGAUUCCUACCCCCCACAUGCUAAUUGUUUUAAUGGCGCUUUCUAGGAUAAAACCCAAGAGCGCGAGUAGAUAAGCUAUGUUACAUUUUUGCUUGUUUGUCAAAAUGUCACCAACAAUAACCAAAAUGUUUUGUUCCUGUUGUCACUUGUUUGAUUUCUGUAUGUAGAAGAGGUCUAGUCAUCAUCAACAGAAUAUUAACGGAAUUGUGUUUUAAAGUACUGUAUAUAGACACAUUAAUGCUAUAUCUAUCAAUGGUGAAAUGCCACUUUUCAUGACAAUUGAUUCAUUUUUAAGCAUGACACAUUUCUAAAAGCCUAUCCUUGCAUUGAGAUGUUAGAGGGAAAAAAACACAAAAACCAAAAAAAAAAAAAAAAAAAAAAGUUCUUGUUAUAUUUUUGUACUUUAGCUGCCUGCUAGCUUUCCUGUUGGUUUGGAAGUAUUCAUUGGGAGGAGAGAAGGAGAUGUGGAGGAAAAGAGGAGACAGGUCUUAAAGAGCAGCCAGUCAAUCUCAUAGUUUGAUAUAUGAAUCGACACUUGACCUCUUCAGUCUCCUUUGCUGGCUGAGGGAAAUACAGAGAAGCAGGACUGGAUUUAUUUAAAACAUAAUGCAGUGAAGCCAUGGUCUAGUUUGAAUGGUCUAUAAAGAGAAUGAGGACAUGCUGUCUUUAGCGAGGACAGGAAAGCAAGGAGCUCGGAGGACAACAGCGUGAAGAUGUGAGGACAGUUUGCAUAAGAAAGCCAAAGCCAUUUGAUUCUGGCCCAAACUGAUUUGGAUUCAGCGCUGCGCAUUGUCAUUCAGAUUUCUACACGUAUUCCCUCUGUUGACCAUGAAGUUGGUUGAGUUUUGCAUUUCCUGGGAGAGGCAUUGUUCCUUUUGAGGUGGCAUUGCUGGAUUUUUAUCUGCCUGGCCUUGCCUUUGGUCCUCAGCUCACACCCUUCCUGACCGCUAAGAAUAACUUAAUUUACCAACACUCAGAGUUACAGUAUCCAGGCCACAAAUUGGCAGCAUGUCCAACCUUUAGAAAUGCAUGAUGCCUGUAUGCUUGUCUCCCUGCUGCCUCCCCGGGGGAAACGCCGCCAUUCCCGGGAACUUAAAAAUUCAACCAAACGCGUCUGAUGAGGCUGAAUUCAGGUUAGCUUGAAGUGAAGAAGGCGCUCCUUCACAGAAUGAACUCUGAUGUCUGACGAUGGUGGUCUUUCUGUAUCGUGUGAUUGAAUAACAGCUAGUGCUACAUAUAUAUAUUUUUACUGAUUUCUGUUCCGUCUAAAAAGGGAGAAAUGGUGCUUUUUUCUGAAACUAGAAUGAUGAGUAUCCAUGAUUCUUAUUUGACUCCUUAGUCUAGUUGUAGCCUAAUGACUUGCUCUCCCCUACCGUCCAUAGCUAUUUUCUUAGUAGUGAUUCAUUUUUGUAAAUAGUCUAUAUAAGUUAAUAUGUAUCUUCUAAAUGUUAGAUAUAUGUAUAGAAUACUCUAUCUUAUAUGUUUGAAAACAAAAGCACUUUGUCCAAAAAAGGAAAAAAAAAAACACAAAAAAAAGAAAAAGAAAAGCAUUUUUUUCUUCCAUUUGCUGCUAAAAGGCCUGGUGUGAAUGCUGCAAGUGUACUUGACGACUACUUGCUAGGAUAGGUCUAUUACCUGACUUGGCUAGGUCUAUAAACUAGCAGGGAUUAGGUGUAGGACCUGACGAGGGCUAGAUCUACGUGUUUCUGGAGCCAUGUAAUGAUGCGAGGUGUCGUAUGAGUGCGUAUCAUUGCUUGGCUUUUGGUGUUUUGACAGGAUAGGUCUAUUUCCUGGUCAGGAGCCGUGCGGAUAGGGUGUUUGUGGUCUUAAAAAAAAGAGGGUUUUGAUUCCAGGGCCCCUACGUUGAUCCUGAUGCUGACCCCCUUGGCGUCAUGAUUCAUUUGCCUUCAGUAGAGGUUUCCUAUGGAAAAACUGAUUCUGCUUUGGCUUCCUCUUCAGGGUGAUGUACAGUGUAGACACAUUUCUCCAGAGAGCUAUAUUGUUAUCAUUUGUAAACUGAUUUCUACUUGUGACUUAAUGAGGAGGGGGUUUAGCCUAGGGCGGCCAGGAAGAGCCCAUUUGAAAGACGUUGUUCCGGGCCGCCUUAGGGGAAGUUACUAUAUCACUGUACUGUAUGGCAAGCCAGUUACAAAUGGAGGCUCAAUCCGGACACUUAUUGCCUUUUUGAACUUUUCACUUACACACAAACAAAAAUAAUAACAUGGCAGACAUGUCAGUUGCCAAGGGGUGUGCCCGAGGUUAAUGACAUUGUUGCGCCAAUAUACAGUCAACAACAACAAAACCAUUCAGCCUGAUAGGCUCAAAACAACCUUGACUGAAGUAGCAGACGUGGUGAAAUAAGUCUGAAAAACAGCUUCAAAAAAUUUGAACUACUUGUGCUCAGUUGUAUCUUUUGGGAUAAUAUUUGAAGCAUUUUUUCGGCUACAGUUUUGCCCAGGUCUGGCAGGGGGUCAACAGUGGUUAAAGGGCCGCUGGUUGGCCGACAGUAGAGCGGAGCGUUUGUGUUUUGUAGUCGAUCACGAGGCUGAUACAAGAAAGAGUCCUCACAGGUUUUUACAUUUAACAUGAUAGGCGCAAGCUGUGCAACUUUACAUUCAAACCAGGAGACUCUGUGGCAUUUUAACAGUCAAGGAAAUGAGUGAAAAUCCACGCCAGUAAAACUAUUCCUUAUUCUUUUUAUUUCUGAUGACAUAAAUCCUAUACAGUCAACUAUUAAGCUAAUAGAGUGUGUAACUUUGUGCUACUCUUGUCCAAUAAAAGCUAAGUGGAUCCAUAAAGCUCUUCUUCAGCAAAUCAGGGUAAUAUCGUUCUUCUAUCUGACAUAUGUGAUGACAUAUAAAAUCAAAAGAAAAUAUAUUUAUGUAUUCCAA